GUCUCCCUCGGCUCCAUCCGGCGUAGCUGCCUGCGCGAAACGGCCAAUCCCCUCCGGCCUCCGCCUGUCGCCUCUCCCUCCGGGAACCUGAGCUUCUCCCGCUUCCACCGCCCCUUCCUGUACCACCCACGUUCCCGCCCCAUCUCACACCUCUCGCCGCCUCAAUUUUCUGUGCUCAUCUCUUCCGGAGACUGCUUCCUGUGGCGUAUAUCUUCACUGCCGGAUUUGCUCGAUCUGAAUACCGAGGUCUGAAGUCUAUACUUGGUGCUACUUGAAGCAGAUGCUGCACUACACUCCUGCUGCAUGUUUGCAGCGCUGUACUUACAGCAUGUAUUCUCAGUCCAUUCAGUUACAAGGAGGGCUGUCACAGAGCAUGGCCUUACUGAAGUAUUCUCGUUCACAAGGAGUCAGUUAUCAUGCAAAUGCUGGUUUAGUCAGUUUUUCUCCAAAGAAGAACGUAGCAUCAUCUGGUUUGCAGAAUGCGACAUGCUUUGCCUGCUUGGAUCGACGAUCUGGAUGUGGAUUGUCAGUGAGAGAUCAUAUCCUAAAUGUAAAGCUUGAUACGACCCCACGUCGCAAGUUUUCUAGUGUUAGCUGGAAUUCGAGAAGUUUAGCACAGAAAAUAGGAGGUUCAUGCACUGCAUUUCGCUUAAGUUCUGCAAUUUCUGGGAUGGCAAAUGCUGAGGGUCCUGUGGAUUCACACACUUCCGAAUUGUCCACUAGUUGUGCUCAUGGAAAGAAAGUCCACACAGAGUACUCUGUCACUGGCAUUCCUGGAGAUGGGCGAUGCUUGUUCCGUUCAGUGGCUCACGGUGCAUGCAUUAGAUCAGGGAAACCCAUACCUGAUGAGGAUCUUCAGAGGAAACUGGCCGAUGAUUUAAGAGCAUUGGUUGCUGAUGAAUUCAUCAAGAGACGGGCUGAGACUGAAUGGUUUAUUGAGGGGCACUUUGAUACGUAUGUCUCUCAGAUUAGGAAGCCACAUGUGUGGGGAGGUGAGCCCGAAUUGCUCAUGGCUUCACACGUUCUUCAGAUGCCGAUCACUGUUUACAUGCGCGAAGAAGCAGCCGGUGGGUUGAUAGCGAUCGCGGAGUAUGGCCAAGAGUACGGGAAGGAAGACCCUAUCCAAGUUCUUUAUCAUGGCUGUGGCCACUACGAUGCGCUGCAUAUACCAGGAAACACUGAUCCCAUAUCAAGAUUGUAGAAAUAUCUGGAGCUCAGAAAACACAUAUGAUCUUCUUGGCAGACAGCAAGCGUCGCUGCACCUCGCUGCUGCAAAAAAAGUGCGGAUUGAUCACCCCCGCGUACGGAACGCGCCACUCGCAUGCACCUGAGUCGACCAGCGGAUCUCAACUUGUUAACAACCUGCAACUGCCCCCUGUAUGCUAAUGUUCAGAUGUACUUGGGAUAAAUUGAUUUAUUUUUAUUUUUGCAGCACCAAUGCAUCAUCUGGUACCAAUUCGGUGCCCUAACCUGAACUUUCCGGGUUGUGUCACUCUUGACCUUGCAUCUACUUCAGAUUCAUUGUAUCUGCACUCUCGGGUGUUGUACCUAUGGUUUCACAUGUUUUCACCUGAAAACAGACCGGAGAUGUAUCAGUCCAUUGAAGAAAAACAAAAUGACGGAAAG